AUGGACAUUUUCUCCGAAGUCGGCGCGCCUGCUGUGGCAGUGGCAUCCGCCUUGUCAGUGGCCGCCGGUGCAUAUCUGAAUGCGAAGCUUGCCAUUUCCACUGAUUUGCGAACAAUCGCCAACGACAAGGCUAGCGCGAAGCGGUUAGACCAGCGCAUUGCUGAGCUCGAUGGCUCACCAACAAUCUACAAGAUACUCGAGCGGGUGGUAGAAGUUGAAGGACGAGGUGUUGCCGAUGCGCUCUGGUUCGAGCAGAAGACGUGGUCAUACAGCCAAUUGAAAGACUUGGUCGAUAGAAUGGCUGCUCUUUUGAAGAGCCGUGAUAUCAACACCGGUGAUACAGUGGCUGUUUUUACCACCAACUCCCCGGAGAUGGUCGUGGUUCUGUAUGCUCUGUCGAAAUUGGGCGCCGUAGCAGCGAUGAUCAACACCAGUCUGCGAGACGAUACCUUCAUCCAUUGUCUCAACGUCUCCAAGUCCAAAUUCAUCAUCUCAACCGCAGAUCUGGCCCAGUACACCUCCAUCGACCUACCACACUUCACAUUUAACAUGGGAUCAUUCGAAGGUUCCGAAACAGGCGAAACAGAGCUCGUCACCUCGGAAACUCUCCAGCAAUUCUCCCCAUCAGGACUUUCAGCAGCCAAGCGCACCACGAAAGACAUUUGCGUCCUAGUCUACACAUCAGGAACAACCGGAAAACCCAAAGCCUGCGCAAUCCGCAACCUGCUCUCCAUGACCACCGCCACCCCACUCUCAGUGGACGCCAACAACCCCGCAAAGUACUACCCACUCCGCGUAUACUCCCCUCUCCCCCUCUUCCAUGGCACAGCCUUCUUCACUGGCCUAUGCGUCGCCGUCGGCCACGGGGGCACGCUAUGUCUUGGACGAAAAUUCUCCGCCUCGCGGUUCUGGAAAGAGGUGCACGACUCAGGCGCAACCCGCAUCCUGUAUAUCGGCGAGUUAUGUCGGUACCUUCUCGCGACGCCGCCAUCACCCUACGACCAAGACCACAACUGCAUCGUGGCAACCGGUAACGGGCUGCGCGGGGAGAUCUGGGAGAAGUUCCGUACGCGUUUCAACAUUCCCGAGAUUCGUGAGUUCUACCGCUCAACCGAAGGAAUUGCGAAAUUUGAUAACCACGGUGUUGGAACUUGGGGUGCGGGCAAGAUCGGGUUUUCGGGGCCUAUUCGUCGGUCCAUGGAAGAUGUUACUUUCAUCGUUAAGUAUGAUACUGAUAAAGAGAUGCCGUAUCGGGAUCCUGUUACUGGGUUCUGUGUGAAGGCUGCGCUUGGAGAGGAGGGUGAGGCAAUUGGUCGUGUCCGGGACCGUGGUACCCUGAUUGAGUAUCUGGGUAAUGAGAGUGCUACGGAAGAGAAGCUUCUGCGUGAUGUGUUUCAGAAGGGAGAUUUAUUCCAGCGCACUGGUGAUCUGGUCGUUCAAGAUGAAUCUGGAUGGGUGAGGUUCCAGGAUCGGGUUGGUGACACUUUCCGCUGGAAGGGUGAGAAUGUUAGUGCAGGAGAGAUUCGGGACCAUAUUUGCCGGAUUGAGGGUGUACAUGACGCUGUGGUAUAUGGUGUGAAGCUUGCCGGGUAUGAUGGCCAAGCUGGAGCUGCUGGUAUCACCCUGGAAUCACCAGCAGCUGGGACAGAGUUCAUGUCGAACUUGUACAAUGAGCUCAAGAAGAAGGGUGUUCCUUCAUACGCUUUACCUCGAUUGGUCCGACUCACUGAGAAGGUUGCCACGGGUGUCACUUUCAAGCAGGCUAAAGGUGACCUAGCAAAGAGGGGCUGGAAUCCUAGACAGGACAAUGGCGGCGACAUUUUAUACUGGCUAGACGGCACAAAGUAUCAGAAGCUGGAAGAGCAAAGUUGGGAACAUAUUGAGAGUGGUAAAGCCAAGAUCUGA